UAAAAGAAAAAAGUAUGGCAAAAAUUGAGUUUGAUGAUUUAAUUGAUGAACCAAAAUCUCAAACAAGAAGUGUUCGUUGCAAAUAUUCUGCAAUUCAAAAUAGUAUUUCUGAGGGAAAAGAUGAUAUUGGAAGUGUUAAUUCUGAGAAGUUUAAGAAAAUUAUGAAAGAAAUUGAAAGUUCUCAUAAUGAAGUUAAAAAGCCAAGAGAACAAGUUGCAGAUGCAGAGACAUUGUUAGAUCUUGCCAAAACUUUGGUGUCUUCUGUUAGAUCACAUUCUGCUGAUGGAAUUACACCGAAUAUGUUCAUCUCCUCAUUGCUCGGAGUCUUUGGGACGCAAAGUCCCAAAAGACUCUCUCGGAGUGCAACUACGUUACAUUGGAAGAAAAUUGGGCGUUCUGUUUCGCCAAUUUUUAGCAAUGGCAUCAGUGGUUUUCACACCAUGAUUGGACCUAUGGAUCGUGAAGUUAAGCAACGUAAGUAUACACGUAAACCACGUUCAAAGUUGUACUUGCGCGCUCAACCAAAGGAGCUUGAUGUUAACGCGGAGGAGAUAACAGACACGGACAAGAACAUAUCAACCAUGUUUCAGAUCUUAAGGAAGAAGAAGAGAGUUAAGCUUGAGAAUAUCAUACUGAACAGAACAUCCUUCGCGCAAAGCAUAGAGAAUUUAUUCGCGUUAUCUUUUCUAGUGAAAGAUGGACGAGUUGUCAUAGACGUGGAUGAAAAUGGAGCUCAUUUUCUCACUCCAAGGAAUGGUCCUGAUGCCAAUUUAGUUAAGUCUGGUGAAGUAAAAUACAGCCACUUUGUCUUCAGAUUGGAUUUUGCUGAUUGGGAGUUGAUGAGGAAAGCAGUAGCAGAAGGAGAAGAGUUGAUGCCAAACAGGGAAAUAAAGGCGAGUCCAGUCUUUACUGAAGAUAAUAAACCAGACAAGGACAUGUCGACGAAUCCAGUCUAUACUGAAGCUUAUAAACUAGCUACAGUUGAUGGUUCUAGACUCAGAUUACGUAUCACUCGAGUCAAAAUAUUGUCAAGGAACCAUGGUGAGGUUUUACGCGAAGGUUCAGAUGUCGAUAACUCACCUGAAAUUGGCAAUGGGAGGAGCCUGAAGAGGAAGUUGCUAUGAACAUAUAGUUUUAGUUGUCCUUUAAACUGUCUAUAUAUAGGCCAUUUUGGUGUAAAUAAGAAAUUGUAUACAUUCUAACUGUCUUAGGAUCAAUUUUUUGUUGGUCAGGUUAGUAGAUAGUCGAGCGUUGUCUAUUUGUCUUUGUUAGUAGUGUUAUUU